CUCUGCUGAAGCUUUCAGGAAGUACCUCAUGAUGGAAUUUUUUGCUUUCGUUGUGAAGUGCCUCAAUAUCCUAUUGAUAUUUGUAUUGCUAGCAAGCUGUGAUAUUAUGCCACAAAAAUACAUCCCACCAUGGACAGAUGAGCAGCAGAUCCGAAUUAAGGCUAUAAAGCAAGAUAUUUUGGAACACUUGGGGCUGCAAAAACCUCCAAGGGUAAAACAGCAUACAAUAAGAGCAGAAGAGCAGAGGAUGUACAAGUUGUACUUAGAACAAACAAGAAAAUCUACAGGAAACUAUAGUUUUACUGAGCAUCACUCUAUGAAAAUAAAAAUACCUGUUAAUGUCCAUGAUGCAGGAGGGAUGUUAUCGAUGAACAUCAGUGAAAGAAACACGAGUUUAAAGAGAAAGCAGAUGCUGAAGUUUAAUUUAAGUGCAGGUUGGAGUCAGAAUAUGAAAGUUAUUCAAGGUGAGCUAAAAUUCUCUAUAAAACUUAAAGAGGAAAUCAACAGAAGGCAAAACAUGAGUGCAGAAGUUCAUCUUGUUGAAAUUUACCAUGUGAUGAAAGCCAAAGCACCUGGAAAUGGAUUCCGCCGUCAGAUGCUUGCCUCAAAACUCAUCACAACACAAUCAAGGAAGAAAGAACGCUUCCGCUUUAGAAAGCUCGCUGAUCACUGGAAUAAAAAUCCAGAAGAGAAUGUAGAAAUUGAGGUUGCGUAUUUCCUCAUUCAGUCUAGUGAGAACAAUGGUUAUAAUGCCACUUACAACAUUCAGGUAGAACUUGAAAUAGAGGCACAUAAAAUAUUAAAACCAAAAAGAAUAAUGCGUGAAGUAGAAGGUGAGGACUGCCAAGAAAACCAAACGCAGUGCUGCAGAAAACCACUUUUGGUAUCGUUUAAAGACAUGGGUUGGUCAGACUGGAUUGUAGCCCCACAAAGCUAUAAUGCAUUUUACUGUGAUGGUACAUGCCCUGCAAAAUAUAAAGCAGCAAAUGCGUACAGCGUAAUUAAGUCCAAAAUGCACAGCCUUUCAAAGGGUCAGAUUCCAGGUCCACAGUGCGCCCCAGCUUUGCAUGAACCUCUGACAAUUAUGCAUUUUGACAGUGAAGGAAAGUUAACAAUUAGUGCCUUAGAUAACAUGAUUGUAUCAAAAUGCAGCUGCUCCUAGAUGUUUAUGAACAUUUACUGAAAAUUUUAACUGCUUAUGCAUAUAUUUAUUUAUUAAUACUGUCAGCAACAAAGAAAUGGUACCAGUAUAAUCAGUAAUGCUUAAAAAGCUAGUGUGCGGGUUAAUGACUCUACAGUACAGCAUGGGACCCUGGAUACACUACUGGAUGUGAAGCUGAUUUGCGGAUACCCAUCUCAGGUUGCUGCAGUCUGUGUAAUAUUGUGGAAGUAACUUGGUAAGAAUGGUGGCCAAUACAGUAAAGGUAUAGGUGAACUGCAUCUUUUAACCACCUGUGCAACAGACAUGCAAACUGCAGGUCCAUGCACAGAAAGGAGGCAGGCACCAUUACUGAUAAUAACAGAGAGUUUGGCAGACUAACUGAUCAUGAACAUUAUGUUUCUACAUAAUAUUAACGCGUUCCUAAUCUUUAUGAAGAUUGUGCUUGGAGACGGAACACAUAAGGAAAUAACUACAACAAUGCAUGCAUUGUUAGACAAACAUAUCAUGUCAUCUGGAAAGAUAAAUUAUUGUAAAACUGAGUAAGUCACAUACACAAAUAUGUCACAAAGAUCUAAACAACAUUGUUAUUAAAAAUAGGUUAAAACAGUGCUAAGUACUUUUACUGUCUCAGUGUUGUCAGAAUACAUUUCAUAUGCUAGCUGCUAUUUUGUAAACAUAGUUUCAGAUUGCAAACCAUAUGUUUAUUUGACAUGCAUUACACUCAAUAAUUUAUUUUAAAAUUGGUUUGAUUUGUAACAGUGUUGUGAACUGAUAAAUACCUACUCUGGUGUUGUGUUGGGUCUGUUCUUGUCCAAACACAUACACAUGCACACAUAGACAUACAUAAACUCACACACACA